GAGGCCCAAACAAAUUAGAUCCACAUAAACCACAUGACUCUCAGAUAGAAAAUAUAAAACUCAAAAGUCUCUGUUUCUGAGGUCCUCUUUGCCCAUUAUCUGCAAGCUCAGAGCCACUGAGAAGUGAGAACCCUGAGCUCAAGUUCCAAACUUUGCUCUCUGGGCUCUAUUGAUUUUCACUUCUUGGCACUCUCUGCUUCGAAUGGCUUGCAGGGUUGCAGACUCUGCCUUUCUUUUCAAGGGUCCCCAGUUAAGGCCAAGUCAGACCCAUAAAUUUUCCAUGCUCAAGAAUGCUCCAGGCAUGUCUUACUUGAAGUGGCAAAGUCUACCCCAAAGAAGGAUGCAAUGCCUAAAACAAUUCGAUCCCCUGAGAAAGAGUAAAACUGUCCGUGCUGUAGCAGCACCUGUGGCACCAUCUCCAGCAGACAGUGCAGACUAUAGAAAACAAUUGUGCGAAAGUUAUGGCUUCAGGCAAAUUGCAGAACCCCUUCCAGAUAACAUCACACUGAAGAAUGUUACUGAUUCCCUUCCACAGGAGGUGUUUGAGAUUGAUGAUACCAAGGCAUGGAAAUCAGUAUUGAUAUCUGUAACUUCCUACACUUUGGGACUCUUCCUGAUCUCCAAGUCACCGUGGUAUUUACUUCCUCUUGCCUGGGCAUAUACAGGGACUGCAAUCACAGGGUUUUUUGUUAUAGGUCAUGAUUGUGCACAUAAAUCAUUCUCAAAGAACAAAUUGCUGGAAGACAUCGUUGGAACUCUGGCCUUCAUGCCGCUGAUAUACCCGUAUGAGCCAUGGCGCAUUAAGCAUGAUCGACAUCAUGCUAAAACAAACAUGUUAAUGGCGGAUACAGCUUGGCACCCUGCUAAAGUAGAGGAAUUCAAUGGAUCGCCAAUAUUCCGGAAGUUGAUAAUCCUUGCAUAUGGUCCAUUAAGGCCUUGGAUGUCUAUAGCUCACUGGGUGGUUUGGCAUUUUGAUUUAAAGAAGUUCAGACCAAAUGAGAUACAAAGGGUAAAGAUAAGCUUGGCUUGUGUAUUUGCGUUCAUGGCAGUUGGAUGGCCAUUGAUCGUCUUCAAAACAGGGAUGGUGGGAUGGAUCAAGUACUGGUUGAUGCCAUGGUUGGGUUACCACUUUUGGAUGAGCACAUUUACGAUGGUCCACCACACAGCUCCUCACAUACCUUUCAAAUCUGCUAAAGAGUGGAAUGCAGCUAAGGCCCAACUCACUGGCACAGUUCACUGUGACUAUCCUCGAUGGAUUGAGAUCCUAUGUCAUGAUAUCAACGUCCACAUUCCCCACCAUGUUUCUUCAAGGAUUCCGAGCUACAAUCUGAGGGCUGCACAUCAAUCUCUACAGGAGAAUUGGGGAAAGUAUAUGAAUGAAGCUACAUGGAAUUGGCGACUAAUGAAGACAAUAUUAACUGUGUGCCAUUUAUAUGAUGAGGAGAAAAAUUAUAUCGGCUUUGACGAGAUUGCGCCUGAAGAAUCUCAACCAAUUACAUUUCUUAAAAAAGUAAUGCCUGACUAUGCUUGAUAACUUUGUGUAUACUCAAGGGAUCCACACCAUCUUUUAGAUUUCAAUUAUCAUAUUAUCAUCUCUUUUUGAA